AAUUGGAACAGGAACGUUCGGUCCGCGCGUGCACGAACCGUUUAUUCCGUUCGCUGUCAAGACUUUUCGUUUCGUAGUGGCUUUAAUUGGCAAGCAAUCAGACUGGAAGUGCAAUACACAAACCAACGAUUAAAGUUAAUAUCGAGGCCGAAUUCCAUUCAGAAGGGCAGAGUUCUGGGCGGUGGAACCACCCCCUUAAAAACUGUUAAAUAUUUAUACACACCACCUACGGAACGCACGCACUCACAUAUUUUCCAUUGCGAGUGGCGCCAACAUAUGUAAAGCAGCGAUAAGAAAACAACCGAGAAAAGGAAAGCAGGGAAAUUGCUGGUGGAGGCGUUUGGAGUGACUCAGCUCCCACAACAAUUGCCGCUGAUGAGGUGAACGAACUGGUCAGCUGCGCAGCAUCCAUCUCUGGCAAUUAAGACGACCCUAAUUGGAGGGAGGAAGGAGCAUCAUCUGGGCCCAAGAUGCCGUCGCUGCGCCAGAAGGUCACCACUUACUUCCGCCAGUUGAGCUUCAUCGCGGAGCCUCGCGAGGGUCGCCGGCGGGCCAGCGAGCACGAGGAUGAGGAUGGCAGCUUCAUUACCAAGUAUCUGGAGGGCCGCAUGCAGCGACAGUUUGUGGAGGGCCCGGAGAUCUACAAUGGCCAGAAUCCCACAGACAUGCCCGUGCUCAAGCUGAACGCCUACGAGGCUGGAACCUGCACCAUAACCGCCGCCUGCACUGGACCGGAUGAGGGUCUCACCGGCAUCAAGCGCUCCAAGCUGCACCUAAGCACCAGCUUUGCGGACGACAUAGACUUUAUAGACACGCAGCAGGAGAACGAUGAUUGCUAUGGGGUCAGGAAGAGCACUCCACCAGUGCAGUCGGCCACACAGAACUCCACGCGAUUGGCCAGCAAGUUUGGACGCCCGCCGGCGGGAUCCCGGAGGCAGAGCAGCACGGAGCAGCCCUCCGGAUCCGCUCCAGCUUCGGGGAUGCGUUCCCGCAAGAAUUCCAAGAGCAGCAUAGCCAAUCUGGCGGCGGCCACUACGGGUGGCGAAAAAGCCAGCAGCGAUCAGAACAACAAGAACCUGUUGAACGCAAAGACUGAGGCCUCCGUCGAUGGAGAUCGCGAGCGGCUGCUCCGCGAGGCGGUGAGCAACCAGGGGGGAUCUUCUCCAGCUGCUAUCAUCGCGGGCGUGGAGAACUGGCGCAUGGAGUGCGACUUCGCCUACGGCAUUUCAGUCUCCCUCUACGAAACGAACAUGCUGACCAAAGAGCCCAUGGGCAAUCCAAUCGCCGAUUGCUACGGGAUGGUGGUGCGCGGCGAUUCGGCGGCCAUGGCCAUGGCAGAUGGCGUCAACUGGGGCGAUGGAGCGCGUCUGGCCGCCCGCUCGGCUGUCCACGGUUGCCUGGACUAUCUGGAUCGAGCUGUGUUUGGUCAGGCAAUGGAAUGUAGGGCCACCACCACGCAGGAGGUCUUUGUGAGUCUGCUAAGGAGCCUUUGGGAGGGACACGGCUGCAUUUUGGAGGUGGGCGGAGCCCUGUCCACGCUGACCAUUGCCGUGGUGCUGCCGCUGGACGGAGCGCCGGGCAAGUAUGUCGUCUGCUCGUGCAACGUGGGCGAUUCGCUGGGCUAUGUGUACUCGAAGAAGCACGGAGUAAGGGAACUCACACAGGCCUCCCACGACAUCAGCUCCAUGCGGGACAUGCGCGACGCCCUGGGCGCCUUGGGACCGGCGGAUGGCAACAAGCCGGAGCUGAGCAACCUCACCUUCUCGAUGAGCUGCCUGGAGAGCGGCGACAUUGUGUUCCUCACCUCGGACGGGAUUAGCGAUAAUUUCGAUCCCGUGGUGGGCAAAUUUGCCGAGGCUUGGACGCCGGAUGUGAAACUGCAGGCGGCGGGGCAGGGAAAACUAGCUAGCUUGGCACCCAAGCGGCAGAACAAGAGUGCCUCCGCCAUCUAUGCCCGUCUGCAUCCUUCGACGCCGCCCACGCGACCUGCCCGUCAGCAGUCCAAGGCGAGCAGUCCGCCGAGCAAUGCGCCCAGUAGGCCGAAGUAUAUGCGUUCGCAGACGCUCAUUGAACCGCGCCAGGGAUUGGUAUCGCCUCCACCGCCUGCUAUAACCCUUCAGCGCAUUCCAAAGUCCAUCUCUGGACUACCGCUGGUCACUGGGCCCCAACGGCAUGCUCUCACCCUGUACCGCCUGGAGGAUCUGCUCAGCUACGGCAUAAACGGAACCUUCUCGCCCUGCGUUUCGGCCCGCCGACUGUGCCACUUGCUCAUCGAUUUCGUAAGGAUGAUCACGUCCGCCAGGCGAAAGACCCUGGAGCAGAGGGAACUCUUCUAUAAGCUGUCCACGGGUCCCGAUGGCGCCAAGCGGGAGGUGCAACUGAAUCGCAUGCAGCAUCGGGCGGCCAGGAAGCGCGUUGUGGACAGCAGUGCCUUUGUGGCACUGCCCGGAAAACUGGAUCAUGCCACUGUGAUGGCCUACACGGUGGGCGGGGGAGAGGAUCACCAUAAUGGAAACGAUGCCGGCGAUACCGGAGGAGGAGGAGCCCUUUCGCCCGUCCUGCAAUCCAAGGAGUUCAAGGAGACGAAUUUCUAAAGUUGCGGAAACGCCAGACUGCAGACUAAGCUUUUUAUACAUUUCUCUCACUCACAUAUUGGGUAGUUCUAUCUUAAAUGUACGAAACAGUUGUCUUCGGGGUCUGUAAUAAAUUUUCAGUUCA